AUGCGAGACCGAAUGAGACGCCGGUGGACAGGCCCUGCCAUUUCCAAGCAGGAAUGCACCGUUAUCAACAUUGGAGAUCCCGAGGGUCCUCCCCGAUUGAUCUCCUAUCUCUCCUCCGGCCAAGGUUUCGCCUGGAAUCCAGAGAUCUUUCUCCCGUCCUAUAUCGACUACGAUUAUGUCCCUCUUGAGAACAGACGAGACCCGAUCCACGAAAUCUUUCUGACCGACGAGGAGGCCAAGGGAAUGCUUCCUCAAUAA